AUGGCAACUAUCCAAGAUCAAGUCCCUCCUUCCCUCCACGAGCGCGCAGACGAGAUUCACAAACCCCCCACCCUCACAGGUGAUUUGCGAGAAGUUCGCCAACUUGUCUAGCUUCAUCGCAUGGACAGAUAUCCAAAGGCCAGGAAAAGCGAAAGCGCUUUCUGGAGGCCUUCGUGUUUCCUUGCUCAGACAUUCGAACAUUCCCUGAAGAAGACUCCACCUCGGGUCUCAAGACAUCACAAUAA